UCAGCUCAAUAUAAAAAUUUACACUUUGGAUUUAUUUGUGUAUGUUACAAAUAUUUGCAAUAAUCAAGCAGUCCUAACUAAUGUUUAUAAUAAAUCUAAUUUCUUCUCAUAUCCCCUUUGCUGCCUUCAAUCUAGCAUCUUCCUGUGGUAAACGAACUGGGAAGUCUGCAGAUACUAUUACAAAGAAAAGCACCAAAAAUACUUGAGGAACACAAAAAACAGGGAGCCUUAAAACUGAGACAAGGAAGCUCCUUGUCAAAGUUUGCAUCAGUCACUUGGUGGAGAAGCAUGGAUUGUAAGUACAUACUUUCAUACAUACAUACAUACUACAUAUAUAGAGUGGAAGUGUAUACAUAGAUAUGCAUUUUUAUUUCAGUCAUUCAAUUCACUAAUUUAGAUUUUGAUUUCUGUUCUUCCAUUCAACCCCUUAAGUUACCCAACAAGUGCUGAGAAGGUGACUUUAGCCAAGACAAUCAUCGCCACUUUCCCAUCCUUGAGAGUUCAGAUUGAAGGAAAAGGAGAGGGAUUUGUAAGUAGAAUUUGCCUAAAUCCAAAAAGUGUCUUCAUUAUUAGGGCUGGACGAUAUAGAAAAAAGCAUAUAGAUAAAAAAAAUCAGGUCAUUUACAAUAAUUAUUGAAAAAUAUUGAUAAAAAAUGUUGAAAAUAUCUCAAGUGCAGCCCUUCCCAUUUUAUGCUAUUCACUAGCAUUACCCAGCAGCGGCAGACAGCUGUGCUGCAGAUCAUGUGUAAAAAUGACAACACUGGUGUGGUGUGUAGCUCUGAAGCUUUGUCCUAAACACUUUUUUUUAUUUAUAUUUUAUUGAACAUUCAGCAGUCAUGUUACAUGAGAACCUCUUUUCCAAAUACAUCCCCAAGUUUUUGCUUGAAUAAGUAUUUUCUGUGAUUCGGUAUUUAAAACGGGAAAGAAAAAAAUCUAAAUAUAUAGGAAAUGGGGGAACUUGGUCUUUAAGCUUUUAUUAUUGUCAGUAAUCCAAACUAAUGUUUUGCUGUUGGAUUUUUUUCAUUCUUUUUCAACACAGGAGCAUUUUUAUGAUCCAUUAUCACAUUCUGGAUUCCUGGAAAUGAGACUGCGUAAUAUCCGUCGAAAGCUUGAAGCGGGUCAGCGUCGUUACUCAAAGCGCAAGAUAAGCUGUGAUACUGGAAUGGAAUCAGAACAGGACCAGGGGGAGAGCAGUGCAACCAAUGAGUGGAUCACCCUCAUGAAACGACUCAGGCCCUCUUCAGAGAACAUCUCUUCAAUUAAAUCUGCUAUGGAAAACACGUACACAAGGCGUAGGUCAUGGAUAUCAAAAAAGAAUCCCACAAUGGCUGAAAUUUUGGAAGAAUAUCCACGCUUUCUGGACAUGCCUAAUCUGCUGGAUAUUGAGUUCGGAAGAAUGACUCAUGGCAAGACGGAGCUGUUUAUCAGACGAUGGGAAGUCAGCAUAAUUCCAAAACUGAAAUCUUUGGCUACCAUGGAAGGAGGGGAUGUUUCAUUGCUAACAGAGGGGAUGGAAGACCAAACUGAUGAUGAAAAGUGCUACACAAUGCUGGUUGUUCUCACACAUCUUCUGCCACCAUUGCCUGGGAGUCGAUGCAGCAUUAAGUCUGCAAUAUCGUUCCUGGUUGAUUUUGUACCGGCUGGGACCAGCAUUGCGUCCCUCUGCAGCAACUCUGAGGUGGCACAAGGCACCCAACCACAGUUGAUCUGCAUCGGCAAUUUGAAGAGUGCAACUCGCCAGUACAUUAUCGUUGCAAGCAAUGACGGUGUGACCAUUCCAGUAAAUGAUGGCCUGACAUGUGCAUUGGACAAGCUGUUCAAGCUCUACUGGGUUUGCAACUUGGCCUAUCCACCCCAGCUCAGCUCUGUGUUCACUUUCUUCGAAUACAUCUACGAAGUUACCAUCUCAACCAACCGGAAAGCCAAGGUACUGGAACUGAUCUCCAAGCUUCAAGCUGCACAGUAAAGC